AUGUUGAAAGUUAAUGUAGUUUUUGCUGGAUUGUUUAUAAAACCUCAAAAUGAUGAAACUUCUGUUAAAUUUUUUCAAACUAAAAAUGAAAUUAUUAAUGUUAAUACCAAAUUGAAAGAUUGGUUUAAAGAAUUUGUUGUUGAUAGAAUUUUAUUAAAGUUGAGCGAGUUUCAGGAGAAGGAUAGCGGUUGGAGUUUGUAUAAAACUUUACAUUUAAAGGUUAAUAUUAACCAUUAUAACCCCAUUAAACCGGGCGUUUCUACAUACGUUUCCCUACCAGCUUUUGUUGCAAAGUCGAAAAGUGUCAUCAAUAUUCGAAAUAAUGAUGAGUAUUGUUUUUUAUAUUCAGUAGUUGCUGCAUUAUUUCCAGUUACUGAAAAUUCAACACGUUUAUCAUCUUAUCCAAAAUGUGUAAAUGUGUUAAAAUUUGAUAAUAUACAGUUUCCCAUUGCUCUAAAAGAUAUUCCAAAAUUUGAACUUAUGAACAAACUAUCUAUUAACGUUUUUACCAUUGAUGAUGAUGAGGAAAUUGUACCAUUAUGUUUAAGUAAAUUUGAUUAUUCACCAAGAAUUAAUCUUCUUUUAAUUUCAACUUUAAAUGAUCAAAUCAUUAUGAGCAAUGAACCUUGUAGUAGUCGAGAUGUUGUUGUUAAUUAUCAUUUUGCAUGGAUUAAAAAUUUAUCUCGACUACUCAAUAGUCAAGUGGGUAAUGUUAGAAAUGGAAAAUGGUAUUGCGAACGAUGUCUUAACCAUUUUUUAACUGAAGCUGUUUUAAAAAAACAUUUGGAUACUUGUAAAAUGUUGAAUGAUGUAAAAGUUGAACUUCCCACUGAGGAAACUAAAUUUUUACGUUUUAAAAAUUAUAAAAAUGAAAUAAUGGUUCCCUAUGUUGUUUAUGCUGAUAUUGAAAGUAUUUUGGUUGAUUACAAGGAUAAUAAUAUUAAUAUUGGUUGUAAGAGUAAAAAAAUUCAAAAACAUGAAGCAUUUAGUAUUGCUUACUAUCUAAAAUGUUCCUAUAACGAUAGCCUUUCUAAAUUUAACAUAUUUACUGGUAACAAUUGUGUUGAGUGGUUUGUUUAUGAGCUCGAAAAGAUUGCUAAACGUGUUGACUAUUUGCUGUCGAAUCCUGUUCCAAUGCAAAAGUUGUCACCAAAAGAUGAAAAGGAAAAAUUUUAUUUAGCAACAAAGUGCAUUUGCUGUGGAAAAGGGUUUGUGGGAAAAGAUAAGGUUAGGGAUCAUGAUCAUUUUACUGGACUAUUUCGGGGUGCGGCUCACAAUUCUUGUAACUUAAAAUUUACAAAAUCUCACGCUAUACCUGUAAUUUUUCACAACUUGAGUGGAUAUGAUAGUCAUUUUUUAAUUAAAGCUCUUAGUACCAAGGUAGAGGGUAACAUGAAUUUAUUACCAAUAAAUAUGGAGAGGUAUAUUUCUUUUACCAAAUUCAUUAAACAUACCAAAGUUAACUUGCGAUUUGUGGAUUCGUUUAGAUUUAUGGCUAGUAGCAUUAACAAGUUAUCUUCUUAUCUGAAGGAAUCUGAAAAGUUGAUUACUAAAAAAUUUUAUUUGGAUGAUGAACAGUUUAAGCUGGUUACAAGAAAGGGGGUAUUUCCCUAUGAGUACCUUAAUAGUUGGGAAAAAUUACAGGACACUUGUCUACCACCAAAAGAAAUGUUUUUUAGUAAAAUAACAAAUGAAGACAUUUCAGGUCACGAGUACAAUCACGCCCUUAAUGUAUGGCGAGAAUUUGAGUGUAAAAAUUUACAACAAUAUGCUGAAUUGUAUUUGAAAACUGAUGUUUUACUUUUGGCUGAUAUUUUUGAAAAUUUUCGAAAGUCUUGUUUGGAAACUUACAAGUUGGACGCGCUUCACUAUUUAACAGCUCCUGGUUUGGCCUUUGAUGCUAUGCUUAAGGUUACUAACGUUUGCUUGGAACUCUUGACUGACAUGGAUAUGGUUAAUUUUAUUGAAAGAGGUAUACGGGGUGGUAUUUCACAAUGUUCCAAUCGCUACGCUAAAGCAAAUAAUAAAUAUAUGGGUACAGAUUAUAAUACCAAUGAACCUCAAUCUUAUCUAAUGUAUUAUGACGUAAAUAACCUUUACGGAGCCGCUAUGAGCUUUGCCCUACCUACAGGUGAUUUUCAGUGGUUAGAUGUUGAUAAUGAUGACAUAAAUAUAUUUAAAAUUUCCAAGUCUAGCGAAUACGGGUUCAUUUUUGAGGUUGAUCUUUGUUACCCUCGUGAACUUUUUGAAACUCAUAAAGAUUUACCUCUUUGUCCUGAGCAUUUGGUACCACCAAUUUCAUCCGACUUGAAAAAUCCCAAAUUAUUGACUACUUUUUAUGAAAAGAAGAACUAUGUAAUUCACUAUUUAAAUUUAAAACAAGCUCUACAGUUGGGAGUGAAAGUGGAUAAAAUUCAUAGAUGUUUAAAGUUUAAUCAAUCGACUUGGUUAAAAAAAUAUAUAGAUUUAAAUACUGAAUUACGAAAGGCAGCUGGAAAUGAGUUUGAAAAAAAUUUAUACAAGCUUAUGAAUAACGCAGUGUUUGGAAAAACUAUUGAAAAUGUAAAGAAAUACAGAACGGUGAAAUUGGUUACCAAGUGGUCGGGACACUAUGGUGCCAACUAUUAUAUAUCUCAACCGAAUUUUCACAGCUGUAAAAUUUUCAAUGAAAAUAUGAUACUUGUCGAAAUGAAAAAACUUAAAAUUAAAUUUAACAAACCGAUUUAUGCGGGUAUGAUUGUAUAG